CCUCCAGCCCAUGGGCUCGCGGGUCGGUGCGGGCGGCAGUGACCGGCUCUCCUGUGCUUGCUCUCCCUGCAGUGGAUGUGGCCACGGCGCUGCCCCUGCAAGUGGCCCCCUCGGCAGUGCCCAUGGACCUGCGCCUGGACCACCCGUUCUCGCUGCCCGUGGCGGAGCCCGCCCUCCGGGAGCAGCAGCUGCAGCAGGAGCUCCUGGCGCUCAAGCAGAAGCAGCAGAUCCAGAGGCAGCUCCUCAUCGCCGAGUUCCAGCGGCAGCACGAGCAGCUCUCGCGGCAGCACGAAGCCCAGCUGCACGAGCACAUCAAGCAACAGCAGGAGAUGCUGGCCAUGAAGCACCAGCAGGAGCUGCUGGAGCACCAGCGGAAGCUGGAGCGGCACCGCCAGGAGCAGGAGCUGGAGAAGCAGCACCGGGAGCAGAAGCUGCAGCAGCUGAAGAACAAGGAGAAGGGCAAAGAGAGUGCCGUGGCCAGCACAGAAGUGAAGAUGAAGUUACAAGAGUUUGUCCUCAAUAAGAAGAAGGCUCUGGCCCACCGGAACCUGAACCCCUGCAUCUCCAGCGACCCUCGGUACUGGUACGGGAAAACGCAGCACAGCUCCCUUGACCAGAGUUCUCCGCCCCAGAGCGGGGUGUCGGCCUCCUACAACCACCCGGUCCUGGGCAUGUACGACGCCAAAGACGACUUCCCUCUCAGGAAGACAGCUUCUGAACCCAACCUGAAACUGCGCUCCCGGCUAAAGCAGAAGGUGGCCGAAAGGCGGAGCAGCCCCCUGUUACGCAGGAAAGACGGGCCGGUGGUCACCGCUCUGAAAAAGCGUCCCUUGGAUGUCACAGACUCCGCCUGCAGCAGCGCCCCGGGCUCCGGGCCCAGCUCGCCCAACAACAGCUCCGGGAACGUCAGCGCCGAGAACGGGAUCGCCCCCGCCGUCCCCAGCAUCCCGGCCGAGACCAGUUUGGCGCACAGACUUGUGACACGGGAAGGCUCGGUGGCUCCACUCCCGCUCUACACGUCGCCAUCCUUGCCCAACAUCACCUUGGGGCUGCCCGCCACGGGUCCUUCCGCUGGCGCGGCCGGCCAGCAGGACACCGAGAGACUCGCCCUCCCAGCCCUCCAGCAAAGGAUCCCCCUCUUCCCCGGCAGCCACCUGGCUCCCUACCUGAGCACCUCGCCCUUGGAGCGGGACGGCGGGGCGGCGCACAACCCUCUCCUGCAGCACAUGGUCCUCCUGGAGCAGCCGCCCGCACAGACGCCCCUGGUCGCAGACUGGUAUCUUUCAGGCCUGGGAGCUCUGCCCCUCCACGCACAGUCCCUGGUUGGUGCGGACCGGGUGUCCCCCUCCAUCCACAAGCUGCGGCAGCACCGCCCGCUGGGGCGCACGCAGUCGGCCCCGCUGCCACAGAACGCCCAGGCCCUGCAGCACCUGGUGAUCCAGCAGCAGCACCAGCAGUUCCUGGAGAAACACAAGCAGCAGUUCCAGCAGCAGCAGCUGCACAUGAACAAGAUCAUCCCCAAAGCGAGCGAGCCGGCCCGGCAGCCCGAGAGCCACCCUGAGGAGACAGAGGAGGAGCUGCGCGAGCACCAGGCCCUGCUGGACGAGCCGUACCUGGACCGGCUCUCGGGGCAGAAGGAGGCGCACACGCUGGCCAGCGUGCAGGUCAAGCAGGAGCCCGUUGAGAGCGACGAGGACGAGGCGGGGCCCCCGCGGGAGGUGGAGCCAGGCCUGCGCCAGCCCACGGAGCAGGAGCUGCUUUUCAGACAGCAAGCCCUCCUGCUGGAGCAGCAGCGGAUCCACCAGCUGAGGAACUACCAGGCAUCCAUGGAGGCCGCUGGCAUCCCCGUGUCCUUUGGUGGCCACAGACCUCUGUCCCGGGCACAGUCCUCCCCGGCGUCUGCCACCUUCCCGGUGUCUGUGCAGGAGCCCCCGACCAAGCCAAGGUUCACAACAGGCCUCGUGUACGACACGCUGAUGCUGAAGCACCAGUGCACCUGCGGGAACACCAACAGCCACCCCGAGCACGCUGGGAGGAUCCAGAGCAUCUGGUCCCGCCUGCAGGAGACCGGCCUCCGCGGCAAGUGCGAGAGCAUCCGCGGACGGAAGGCCACCCUGGAGGAGCUGCAGACGGUGCACUCGGAAGCACACACCCUCCUCUAUGGCACAAACCCCCUCAACAGGCAGAAACUGGACAGUAAGAAACUUCUAGGCUCGCUGACCUCGGUGUUUGUCCGGCUUCCUUGCGGCGGUGUUGGGGUGGACAGCGACACCAUAUGGAACGAGGUGCACUCGUCGGGGGCGGCCCGCCUGGCCGUGGGCUGCGUGGUGGAGCUGGUCUUCAAGGUGGCCACGGGGGAGCUGAAGAACGGCUUUGCUGUGGUCCGCCCCCCGGGACACCACGCCGAGGAGAGCACACCCAUGGGCUUCUGCUACUUCAACUCCGUGGCCGUGGCCGCCAAGCUUCUCCAGCAGAGGCUGAACGUGAGCAAGAUCCUCAUCGUGGACUGGGACGUGCACCACGGGAACGGGACGCAGCAGGCUUUCUACAGCGACCCCAGCGUCCUGUACGUGUCGCUGCACCGCUACGACGACGGGAACUUCUUCCCGGGCAGCGGGGCGCCUGACGAGGUGGGCACAGGGCCAGGCGUGGGCUUCAACGUCAACAUGGCCUUCACCGGUGGCCUCAACCCCCCCAUGGGCGACACGGAGUACCUGGCGGCCUUCAGAACUGUGGUCAUGCCAAUCGCCAGCGAGUUCGCCCCAGAUGUGGUGCUGGUGUCAUCAGGCUUCGACGCCGUGGAGGGACACCCCACGCCGCUCGGAGGCUACAACCUCUCUGCCAAGUGUUUCGGGUACCUGACGAAGCAGCUCAUGGCCCUGGCCGGCGGCCGCAUCGUCCUGGCCCUCGAGGGCGGCCACGACCUGACCGCCAUCUGCGACGCCUCGGAAGCGUGUGUCUCUGCUCUGCUGGGAAACGAGCUCGACCCGCUCCCAGACAAGGUCCUACAGCAGAGACCCAACGCCAACGCUGUGCGGUCCAUGGAGAAGGUCAUGGAAAUUCACAGCAAGUACUGGCGCUGCCUGCAGCGCACGCCCUCCACGGUGGGGCACUCUCUGGUCGAGGCUCAGAAGUGCGAGAACGAAGAAGCCGAGACGGUCACCGCCAUGGCCUCGCUUUCCGUGGGCGUGAAGCCCACCGAGAAGAGACCAGAGGAGGAGCCCAUGGAGGAGGAGCCGCCCCUGUAGCAUCUCCUGGGGCCACUGUUCUCCUGUUUGUUCGUCUCCGUCUUGAAGCUCAGCCAAGAAACUUUCCCGUGUCGCGCUUGAGUCCCGCCACUUGCUCUCUCGGAGCGCCCAGGGACACCAGGCGCGCAGCAGCAACGGGAAGCCUUUCUGCCGCCCAGACCCACAGGUCUCGAGACGCACACGCACGCCCUGGGCAUGGCAGCCGCCCACGGGACACGGGACAGACGCCGGCGCGUGCACACGCACAGACGCGGAAGCCAAGCACACUCGGCGGCCCCGGGAUGCCGCGGAAGAAAGCAGCCUGCGGCAGCUGGCGGCACAGUUGCCGGAUCCAGGUGACAUGAGGAAAAGAAAAUGAAAAUCAAAGAUCUAAUAAUACAAAAAAACUUGAUUAAAACUGGUGCUUAAAGUUUGAUUAUUACCCACAA